UAUUCUUGAAUUUCAAUACCGAAUAAGAGAAUAUAUCGUGAGUACGUGACUAGUGCAUUAUGAACUGUAUGAUUAAUAUUAAUUAACACAGUUUUUUGUCAUUUGCGGUGUGAAAGUGUGUGUCACAGAAUGGCUAUUACUGCAUCCUUCCAUCGAAAUGUCAUUUUAUUGAAUCAAUUAGUUCCACCAGACCAUGACUUCAAGAAGAUCUUUCGCCAAGGAAUGUUUGAUAAACCAAAUACUACCGGCUUUAUAUAUGUUUCACAUUAUCUGUUGACGAUAUAUGAUGCGGAGCGUUUUAAAAAAGUAGUUGAAUGGCCAGUAAUUUGCAAAAAAACCGAAACCAAGUAUCGUAACAGUGUCAAAGAUUAUCUGAAUGUCAUUGCAUUAGAGAAUCCUGAUAUAGGAUUUCCACGUGUGGUUACUACCUAUUUACAUCAUGCAAGUGGUACUAAGUUUAUAACUAUAAUGUGGAAACUGUCUCAGCUUGCAUUAAAAAUGUAUAUUAUGCGUGACGGUGAACACGAAAUUAUAUUUGCACCAAAACCAAGUCUUGUAAAUGAUUCAGUUAAAACAUACCUACAGCAGUCCAAAGCAAAUAUUAAUUGCGAUAUAUUGAGUCGUCAUAGAAAUUAUGUACAAAUGGAAAAAGCUGCAAAUUUUGCAUUGGCACAAGAGAAAGAAUAUUUGACUAAAAUUAAAACAGAGCUGUUCGACAAGAAACAAUCUUUGACAAAAUGUGCUUCUUCAGCUCCUGUUACCGAAUCUAUAAAGCAAUGUUUAACAAAUGUCGAAGAUACAGACAUUGUAUCAAUGUGGAAAAAUAGUUUAAACAAAAAUAUACAAUAUAUACGAAAACGGUAUAUGAUGUUGAGUGAUCUGGAAAGAACAUGUGAGAAAACAAGUGGCAUAAUAUCGAAUCUAUUGAAUGAUUCAAAAGCACUAGAUAGCAAACAGUUGGAAAAAAUUAAUUGUUUUCUGAUAUCGGAAUUGCCAUUUCCACCUGAUGUUCAGCAUUGUUUUUAUCGUUUGUAUAAUGAUAACAGAUUAAUAUAUCACAAUUUUAUUCAUCUGCUUACUUUGAUACUAUAUCAAGUAUAUCAAUGUCUGAGGAAGGACGACUUAGUCGAUCUGUCCCAGUGUCUUUUGCAAGUGGAAGCAAGUACAGAAGACAUGAAAUCCAUGUGCAAUGUAUUUAAAACUUUCUUGGCCAACAUGAUAAGUUCUACAGAGGAGAUGCAAAAUGAUUUGUGUGUGAAAAAUACAGAGCGCAUAUCUGAGGAUAAAAAUGUUUUACCCUUUGUAAAAAACAUACUUCUUAUGUCCUCGCCUCUUAUCAAAAUUAAUACUAAUUGCGCGAACCAAAGAAACGAAUUGCAAUUUACUCCGACUGAAAUUGCACACAAAUCAUUAUUUUCGAGAUACAUACGGCACAGUAAAAAUUACACACCAGAUGUAAAAACGAAUUUAUACGUGUCACGCAUCAACAUUGACAAUCAUACUAUGUUAAAUAGUAAUGAAAAACAAGAAUUACGUUUUGUGACACCUAAAGUAAAUCAGUUAUGUAAGAGAACAACAGGAAAAUAUUCCCGAUUAUUUGCUACACACAAAAAGCAAAAUAUAAAAGUCAAUUCUAGCAUGUCUCUGCAAUCUACCACACAAUGUAACUCUGCUAUUGCAAGUAUAGAAGAAAUAUCCAGUUCAUCGGAUUUUAAUUUAGAUACCAUAACAAAGGGUUUUAUCAAUUGGAGCGAAGAGUCUUCCAAAAUUUCUCACUCAUCUAUACAAUUCACUCCGAUAAAACGAAAUGUCUCAAAAGUUGUGUCUCAGCAACAAGUGAAAAAUAAACUCGAUCAUAAGAUCAAAGUAAAUAAACCCGAAUUGGAUGAAUUUACAGAAGUACAGAUUGUAAACGACGAUGAUAAAAGUACAAUUGUAAAACAUGAAAAUGAUUCAAAGAGACGGUCCAUUAGUGACUUGGUAGAACGUUAUAAGAAGAUACUAGAAGUCAGCAAUUCUGUUACAGCAAAGUUAGAAAAUACAUAUGUAGAACACGAAAUUGAAUAA